AUGAUGGGCAAGAAAAAAGUAACAACAUGAAGACACGGCAGAAAAGAGACUGGGACAUAGUCAUGCCACGCUGGUGGGCAAAGGGGCCAAAGCUCUUAGUGCCCACCUCUCUUGGCAAGAUGCAGUUUGGGAUAAAAGCCUCUUAUCCCAGCUGAGGACAGUGACGUCAGCCCUAGCCCAUGAUGAGGAGAUUACAUCACAAACUAAGCAAAUUAGGGGUUUUUUGGCUGCCUGCUCCAGGUCCUCAUCCCCUUGGCACUUUUAAAAGCCAUUGAUAGCUUUCACACCCAGGUCACUGAGGUGUUCCAUUUUUCUGAGAUCUUCCAACUGAGAACGGGAAAACUGGCAAGAAAAUGUGGGAUUUGGACGAAACCAGUAGUUCCAACAUUAGCACUACAACUUCUGAUUCUGAGGACAUGUCCCUGUCGUGCUUCUUUAACCCUCUUCAUGGCUGCUUGCUCCACGCAGACGGCCACGGGGAGGUGUGGACAGACUGGAACAGCACAUCCAAGUUCUUCCAGUAUGGGUGGAGGUGCACCACCAAUGAGGACAUGUAUACCAACAAAACCCUCUUGGGGAACUGGAAUGAGGAGCGUUACGAUAUCCAGAAAAGGAGGCAACUCAAACCUCUUCCUUCCCAGUACGGUCACUAUUUCGAGUCCACGUACGGGUCAGACUAUUCCAAGGAAAUGCCUCGCAGAUUAAGAAGGGUGACGCGAGAGCCUCACUGGUUCCCCGGACACCAGCCUGAGCUGGAGCCCCCUCCGAUCAAGCCCACCGCUCGGUCGUGCUACAUGAUCGACUACGAGCCUCCGCACGGCAGGGCAGUCUGCUCUCUGGCCGAAGGAAAGCCCAAGGCAGCAGAGGAAACGCCGCUGAAGCAGUAGGCUGCUGCUCCAGGAUCACCUGGGGGGGGGGAAAUCUCUGCUGGGAGGUCUCCUCGCCCUACCACGAAGACUAGAAGUCCGCUUGCUGGGCGGAAGUUCCUAAAAUAAAAGAAAUGCAUGCCAGGAGACCCUCCACACCUUUGUGUUUCCGUUCUGGUUCCUUCCUGGCUUUGUGUGGGGCUCUCUUAGCAGGUCCACCACUGGAUUAAACCCUCGGUGCAGGACCGAGCCUUCGCUAAGGUUGAAAUUGGCCUUGAAGACUGAGGGGGGAAGCUCCCACCUGUUUAUUUGUUAGUAAAAAGUGCCUAUCUUUGCACAGAUAAAUAAAGAAGAAAAACCAA